UCAACAAACUGCAGCGUGUACUCCUUUCCACGGCCGACCAAAACCAGCCCGGUCGACGCGCAACGAUGACUUAGCUCACGGCGUUACAGGUGACUGGAGACAGCUGGUUGCCUCUGGGAGCCGCAGGGGCGCAGCGGACGGACCCCAAAACCGCGGCUGCGCUGGUGAGGACGGGCAGUGUGAGCUGCAGGUGAAUCCCCCCUCCAACCCGCGAGUCCCCUGAAUGACGGGAUAGGAGACAAUGAAGCAGCCCGGGAGCGACGGGGAUAAAACGAGUCCAAGUCACGAGAGUGGAAAUGCGCGUGCGAUGACGGACGGCGCGAGGGACGGAGAAGAGGUAGAGCAGAGGAAAGUUAUCUAGCUCAUUAGUAGGGCUCCGGGUGCCGGAUGAGAAAGGAAAAUAAAAAAUAAAAAUAAAAAAAAGACAGAACAAAUGUGUCAAGCGGGCGUGCUCCUAUAAACAAAUCAACUGGAGGAAGCCGACUUUUAUUCUUCAGAAGACAAGACCUGAGCCAGAGAAGGGGGGACAUCAUGGAGCCGGAGGAGACCACAGAGGGACGCGGCGCUAAUCUGGCACAAUCUGCCGCCGCCAAACUGUCCCAGAUGGGUGAAAGAACUAAACAACUGGGCAAUGUAAUCCAAGACCCAGAGCGGAAGAAACGGGUUAUUCUCGUAAUAGUCUGUGUGGUACUUUUGUUAGACAACAUGCUUUACAUGGUAAUUGUGCCAAUUAUACCCCAGUACCUCGAGGGGCUGCAGAACGCAGCGGAUCAAGCCGAGGACGCCGCACUGCACUCCACCAACUGCACUAACAGCACCGUCCACAAAGUGACCAAGGGGAACUUCGACCUACAGAUAGGUGUUCUCUUUGCCUCCAAGGCCAUCCUGCAGCUCCUGGUGAACCCGCUAAGCGGCACGUUCAUCGAUAGGGUCGGGUACGACAUCCCGCUCUUCAUCGGGCUCAGUGUCAUGUUCCUCUCCACCCUCACAUUUGCCUUCGCCGAGAGCUACCCGACUCUGUUCCUGGCGCGCAGCAUGCAGGGCCUCGGCUCAGCUUUCGCGGACACCUCGGGGAUCGCCCUGAUCGCGGACAAGUACACAGAGGAGGCAGAGAGGAGCAAGGCGCUGGGUAUUGCCCUGGCUUUCAUCUCUUUCGGAAGUCUUGUGGGCCCCCCCUUCGGAGGGAUCGUCUCUGAGUUCGCCGGGAAGUGGGUGCCCUUCCUGAUUCUGGCCUGUAUCUGUUUCGCUGACGGUGUCCUGUGUCUGACUGUGCUGAAACCCUUCUCGAACCGAGAGAGAGAAAACAUGCCAGUGGGCACCCCCAUAUAUAAACUGAUGAUUGAUCCUUAUAUAGCUGUAGUGGCCGGUGCUCUGACUAUUUGUAACAUCCCCCUCGCCUUCCUCGAGCCCACUAUAGCCAACUGGAUGCAGGAAACCAUGCAUGCCAGCCAGUGGGAGAUCGGCAUGACAUGGUUCCCCGCAUUCUUCCCUCACGUUUUAGGUGUGUACCUCACUGUGAAAUUAGCAGCCAAGUACCCUCAUCUCCAGUGGUUUUACGGGGCUAUAGGCAUGGCGUUCAUAGGCGCCAGCUCCUGCACGGUGCCCGCCUGCAAAAACUUUGGACAGCUCAUGAUCCCGCUGUGCGGAAUCUGCUUCGGCAUCGCCUUCGUGGACACAGCGCUCCUGCCCACACUGGGUCUGGUGGUGGAUGUGCGACACGUGUCGGUGUAUGGGAGUGUGUACGCUAUCGCAGACAUCUCUUACUGUCUGGCCUAUGCCCUGGGGCCCAUCGUGGCUGGGCAGAUAGUGCACGACCUGGGCUUCGUUCAGCUCAAUUUAGGCAUGGGCCUCGCCAACGUGCUUUACGCACCGGCGCUCCUUCUGCUGAAGAACGUGACGCAGAUGAAGCCGUCUUUCUCCGAGCGCAACAUGCUCCUGGAAGAUGGCCCGACGGGACUGUAUGAUACCAUUAAGAUGGAGCAACGAGAGAAGAAGAGAAAGGGCUUGUGUACAACCAUCGACGAGAACGGCGUGGAAACCUUCGCGCAGCGAUCGUAUUCAGAGGAGGAAUCCUCAGGAGGAGAGUAUGCGUAAAAGACCGUUAACUGAGUGCUAAACUAUCAAAGUGCCCACGUAGAGUUGUGUGCAUCCCGUCUGAUGAAUUGCAUAACACGAUUAGGAUUGUGUAACAACAUCCAUCAUUUACUGCUUCUGGUGACAGUCCCUCCGGGUAUUGCCAAAUCAAGUAGCUUAGAAAGGCGCUCGGUGGCGUUUGUUCAUCUUAAAGUGAGAGUAUUGUGAAAGAUUUGUUGAGAUAAAUGUCUAUUUAUUAACAGUAUUUACCGCUGUAUCGGAAACUGACUCAUAUCGUAUUCAGGGACUAUGUGUAAAUGUAUUUUAACAAAAGAGCCACUAUAAUGUAUGCUUCUUUUAAUGUAACGUGCUUUCCUUUCGCCAGAGCUGUGCUGCUAAACUCAAUAUGCAAUACUGCGUGUCACAAUACAGUUUUAGAAAGAUAAACAAGAUGGAAAUGAACUGAAAUCUGCAUCCUGUUAUUUGUUUUUGUUUUUUUUGUUUUUGGAUGAUGUACUUCUGGAAUGCAUAGCCUCACUGUAUGA